AUGUUUUUAGCAUUUUUUUUGGACAAAUGUAUUUUAAGCAUCCUGGCUUUAAGUUCAAUUCCUAUUGGAUUCAUAAACAGAAAAAAUAAAUUUAAGAAAAUAGAAAAUCAUAAAUAUGCAAUAUGCAGCACAAUAGUUAUGAACAGUUUUUUAAUUUAUGUAAAUAAGUUUUUUGGUUUAUUAGGAAUAUUUAACUUUUUUUUAGGGAAUUAUUUAUGUUUGAUUGGAAUAACAGGAGGUAUAGCAGUUGGUAAAUCAACAUUUUGUAAUUUUUUAAAAAAAAAGGAUGUUGUUGUUAUUAAUGCAGACGAUAUAACAAACCAGAUAUAUAAAAAGGGAUCAAUCUGUUAUAACAAAAUUUUAAAACAUUUUGGAGAAGAUAUUUUGAACAGUGAUAAAACUAUUAAUAGAACUUUAUUAAGAAAGAUUGUCUUUAAUAAUGAAGAAAAUGUUAAAUAUAUAAAUAAAAUAACACACACUUAUAUUAUAUUACAGAUAAUUAAAGAAUGUUUAAAAUAUAAAUUUUUGCAUUUUAAAUAUAAUGUAGCUAUAGAGGCGCCAUUAUUAAUUGAAACGAAAUUAUAUUUAUUAACUAGUCCAGUUAUACUGUUAAAAUCAUCUGUUAAAAAUCAAAUAAAACGUAUAUUAUCGAGAGAUAAAAAUUGCACAUACGACACAGCCAUGAGUAUAAUUAAAAAUCAGCUACCCACAGAUGAAAAAAUACGAUACGCAGACAUUAUAAUAAACAACGACGGAGAUUUAUUAGACCUGCAGAUGAAAUGUGAUGUGGUUUUUAACAAAUAUCUGAAGAGUUUUUUCUUUUAA